AUGGCUACCGCCCUAGGUGCUGAGCAAAAGUACUCACUGAUUACUCGGCGACUCGAGAUCCAGAACGGCUGGUCUGGCCAGAAACUCCAGUCACUGCUCGCCCAGGGCAAAGGCAUCAAAUACCAAUGGGUCACCGCACCCACGGGCAAGCCGCAUAUUGGCUACUUUAUCCCACUGAUCAAGUUUGCAGACUUCAUCCGCGCCGGUGGAGAGAUCGUUGUUGAGUUCAUUGAUACAUACGCCUUCUUGGUGAACUACAAGUUCCCAUGGGAGCAGGUCCGCCACCGCACAAAGUAUUACAAGGCGCUCAUCACGGCGGCGCUGAAGGCGGUCGGCGUCCCGAUGUCGUACGUCUCGAUGGUCGAAAUGUCAUCGUACCAAGUGACACAGCAGUACAUGGUCGACUUUUGGAAGCUUUGCGCUCUGUGCUCCCAGCAGGACGCACGUGAUACUGGUGCAGAGGUUGGCGCAUCUACGAUGCUCAGUCCGCUGCUCACGCCACUGCUCCAGGAGCUCGGCGAGGAGUAUCUGGGCGUGGAUGUCGAGUUUGGCGGGACGGACCAGCGCGGCAUCUUCAACCUGGGGGAACAGUUCUUGCCUGACCUGGGGUACGAAAAGCGUGCGCACUUGCUGAACGAGCUUCUACCGAGCUUGACGGGAGGCAAGAUGUCUUCAUCGCACCCGGCUCACACCAAGAUCAUGUUCCUCGACGAUGCAGAUGCUGUGGUUGAGAAACUGGCCGGGGCCGCUUGCCCACCCGGCACAGUGCAAGGCAACGGAGUGUUGCCCAUCAUUGAGCAUAUUCUUAUGCCCAUCAGCGAAAUUCGGAUGCUCUUCACAGAAAGCGACAAGGCAAACGGCGUCAACGGCCAUGCUUCCUCGAGAGUGGGCAUGUUCGCGGCCAAGGGGGCAUCGGAGGGAACGUUAUUCAGUGUCAGCAUACGUGGCGCGAGCUGCGAGUGUCGCUCACAUCGCAACUACUGCACGUACGAGGCGCUGCAGAAAAACUACGUCGCCGGCCUCAUAGAUGCGGAUGCGCUCAAGGACGCGGUGGCGCGCGCGCUCAACCAAGUGCUGCAACCCAUCCGGGACAUGUACGCAGCAGACAACGAGUGGAGGCAAGCGGACCAAGCAGGGUAUCCCGAGGACUGGCCAGAGGGGCAGAACGGCGUCAGCCUACCCGAUUACUAG